AUGCAAUGUGGUUAUCCUCGAUUCUUCGUCCACCCCAUCAUCCAGGAACUCGCCAAGGAGAUUGUGUCUAGGCUUGGAAGUCCGGACCAAGAAACAGCGACUGUUUUCCCAUCUUCGAACACUGCACGAGUGUGUCACUCAUUCAUUUUGUCGAAGAUUUCGCCUGAAGAAGCAUAUAAGAUCCGGGUCCUCGACUUUGUCCCUACCAAGCAACUGGAAAGUGAGCUGAGCACUAUCAAGUCGCUUUUGUCUUGUGUCGUAUAUCCUAAGGAGUAUGCGAAAGUUGCCAAACAAGCGUGGCAGCACACUGGCGACGGCGUCUCGAGUCGACGAGGCGAAUUCUGUCUUGGUGCCUUGAAGGACGGUCUCCUUGUGGAAAAGAAAAAUGCUGCAGCGGACGCGACAGCUCAGGUAAUCCAUAAAGGUCCACGACGAUAUCAGGGACGAGGCUCAAUGAACGGGGUAGGGCAAGGUGCAUUGCACGGGGCAACGUCAGCCAACCAGCCUCAAGAAGGCCUAGAAUCAGUCCAGUUUAUUGAAGAACGUUUCGGACGAAACUUGAGUACAUCACUGGCUAGUCAGGCAAAGAUCGCUGUACGCAGGCGAAUAGCAGGUGUCUUGACCGCAGAUGUGGACUUGAGUGAGGCUCUAGAGAAAACAUCACAGGAGGGGAGAGUGGCAGGGCUCUCUGAGUCCGAUGUCUUCCUCUUUCCCAGUGGCAUGAGCUCAAUUUUCAACUCCCAUCGGCUACUCCUCGAAGCGAAAGGUUCCAUGAAAAGCGUCUGUUUCGGAUUUCCAUACAUUGAUACCCUGAAAAUUCUUGAAAAAUGGGGUCCAGGCUGUGUGUUUUACGGCCGAGGGUCAUGUGAGGAUCUGGAUGAUUUGGAGUCGCGGUUGGCUGCUGGAGAGAGGUUCCUGGGUCUCUUCACAGAAUUCCCAGGCAAUCCCCUACUCAAAGCUCCCGACCUUAAGCGAAUUCGAGCCCUAGCAGACAAGUAUGAUUUUGCCGUGGUUGUUGACGAAACGGUCGGCAACUUCCUCAAUAUCAACGUGCUCUCUCACGCGGAUGUCGUGGUUAGCAGUCUGACGAAAAUAUUCAGCGGAGACAGUAAUGUCAUGGGAGGAAGUGCGGUGCUUAAUCCACACGGCAGGUACUAUCAAAUAUUGAAAGAUACGUUCAGCCGGGGGUACGAAGACAACCUAUGGGUAGAAGAUGCCGUCUUCCUUGAAAGAAAUAGUCGUGACUUUGUUUUUCGCAUCGAAAAGAUCAAUCACACAACAGAGGUGAUAACAGCAUUGCUCAAAAAAUCUCCACUUGUCAAAAAUGUGUAUUAUCCUAAAUUCAGUCCUACAUUGUCCUUGUACGAGGCGUUCCGCACUCCGAACGGAGGUUAUGGUGGUCUGUUUUCUGUCACUUUCCAUUCCACGACAGAGGCGAUCGCCUUCUUCGACAAUCUGGAAGUUCUGAAAGGCCCUAGUCUUGGAACUAACUUUACACUAAGUUCUCCAUAUACACUGCUUGCUCACUACGGCGAGCUCGAAUGGGCAAGUUCGUUUGGUGUAGAGUUUGACUUGGUGAGGGUAAGCGUUGGCUUGGAAGAUGUAUCAGUGCUUCGAACUAAGGUGCAACAAGCACUUGAUGCAGUUGCUGCGAUAUCCGAGUAG